CGCAGGCGCAGACACAACACCCGGUCCCUCGCGAACCCCUCGAAAUAGCGCACGUGUGCUCUCUUGCUUUCGUUCCCCCCCACCCCCUUCCCCACCCAGAGCAAGAAUCGUCCAAGACUUCGAGCGACGACGCACUUCCCCGAGACCCUCAACAAAGACAACCAUCCUCGUUCGAUCGAAUCCGGUGUCUGUCCCCGGCCACGACCCAACACCAGCAGCACGAACCCAAACGAAGGCCACGCAGCAAUUGACCCGCGAUCUCCCGUCGCCGUCGCCGUCGCCGUCGCAAUCCAUCCAUCCAUCAAUCGACCCACCGACCCCAAGUCCGCGGAUUCCGCGGUCGAAUCGAAAAUUCGCGACCUUUGUCGCGUUCUCAGGUGAUUCGUGGGGACGGAAUUUUUGACCGGGGAUUAGGGUUUUGGUUGAGAUCUGGGAUGGUUCGUUCGAGCGUGAGGAUUGAGCUGGAAAAAGUCUGAAUUUUGACUCUUGAGCUUGUAUUGGAGAUUGAGGGACAAAUGGGGCACAGCAAGCAGUGCGGCCGGGUCGAUACAUUAGAGUUGAAGGCGUUGAUCGUCCGUCGAAUCGGGCAUCAGCGAGCAGAGAAGUACUUUGAUCAGCUGAAAAAGCUGUUCGCUUCCUCGAUUAGCAAGUCCGAGUUUAGUAGGCUGUGUACGCAGACGAUUGGGAGGGAAACAAUCCCGCUUCACAAUCAACUCAUCAGGUCAAUCCUCAAGAAUGCCUGCCUUGCGCAAUCUCCGCCCUGUGGAAAUGAUAGAGCUAAUCUCAGCAUCGAUCCCGUGAAAGGCCACCAGAAGGGUGGUCUCCAGUCGUUACAUGGUUUUGCAUUUCCUCCUUCACCUCGCAAGAUAAGGUCUCUAGGCAAUCGCAGUUGCAAAUUCAAGGACCGCCCAAGCCCUCUUGGGCCGUUAGGGAAGCCUCAAACUGUUGCAUCUGAGGCAUUGGUUCAUAAAACACUAGAACAACAGAGUCCGACUGAGUUACAGUCUCUUGGUAGUAAACCUCCGGCAGAAAUUGCAUCAGUGGAAGAUGGUGAAGAGGUCGAGCAGUUGGCUGGAAGUCCGGGCGUUCAAAGCAGGAGCCCAGUUACCGAGCCUCUUGGUAUCUCUGUAAAUUUUGGUGGAACAGGUAAAUCUAUUUUCAACACAUCUCCGUAUGGUAGGUACAAUGCCGAGACCUGCCUAAACAGAAGCGAGCUACCCGAUACGAGUUCCUUGAGAAGCAUCAUGGAGCGCAAGUUGGAGAUGGAGGGCAUCAAGGUCUCGGUGAACUGUGCGAACCUCUUGAAUAAUGCGGUAGACGCGUAUUUGAAAAGGUUGAUUGGGCCUUGUAUGAGUCUAGCUGGGUCUAAGCAUGGAUAUCAGCAUUCUGGAAGAUGGGAUGAUCGUAUUGUAAAUUGUAGAAGUGGGAUGGGACCUGGGAGAAGCGUGCAGAGUCCAGUGAAAUCUGUUUGUGCGUCGGUGUUGGAUUUACGUUCUGCAAUGGAGUUGAACCCUGAAAUACUUGGAGAAAAUUGGUCUGUCCAGCUAGAGAAAAUUUGUUCACGUGCUUUCAGUGGGUGAAUACAGAUCAUGGUCGUCAGAAGUCCAUCAGCAAGAGAGACUGGUAUAUAUGAGCUGAGAAUUUUGUUAAGCGAUGGUGGAGCUUGUUGAGUUUAUUCUUCCUUUGAGGUUUUGGUAGAAAGUUUUGGUUUGGCAUUGAGUCUACUGGCUUUGACGAAUGGAGUAACUGAUUAGUUCCAGAUGCUGCGGAGAUCAUACUAGCUCUGGUCUUCUAAUUCCUUAUCUUUUUUACUUUUUCUUUUUUUUUUCCUUCUAGUCGUCGAAAGCAGGGCAUUGUUGUUAAUUUAUAACCAAAUAGAAAAUGUAAAUAUUUGGGCACAAUCAGGAUAGUGAGGAAAUGAGCAACAUCGGUGUGUUUUGUAUUUGUUUAAGGUUCUUCCCCUUUCCUUGUACCUCAAUUGAUAUACCAGUUGAACAUUAUACAGCAGAGAAUCUAUGUAGUUCAGACCGGCACGGUUGCAAUUGGUGUAAUCGAUCUCUCUUCCCCCGCUAGUGAAAAUUUUGUUCCUCAA